UCUGAUAUAACCACCCCAUCCCCUCCCCUCAAAAACAAAGAAUUUGCAAAACCAUGGAGAGGUAUUCAGCUCCCGUAAUCGACAUGAAAGAAUCAGAGAAUCUAGCGGAGAAGAUAGUGAAAGCAUGCGAAGAGUGGGGUUGCUUCAGAAUGGUUAACCAUGGCGUGGCAAUAGAGCUCAUGACCCAAAUGAAGGCCAUCACCCUCUCUCUCACAGACCUCCCCAUGGAGGUCAAGCAAAAAAACUCCCACCCUGAGCCAGGCAAAGGCUACACCCCACCAAACUCCGCUAGCCCUUUCUUCGAGGGUCUUAGUUUGUACGACAUGGCCUCGCCCGGUGCCAUCGACCUCUUUUGCUCUCAGAUAAACGUUUCGCCACAUCAGAGGGAGGUGUUGAGCAAGUACGCGUUCGCAUUGUACUACCUAGGCCAGUUUUUGGGGAGGAAGGUGAUGGAGGGGCUGGGGAUGGAUGGCGAUCUCUUCGAAGACUGGCCGUGCCAGUUGAAAAUGAACAAAUACAACUACAGCCCUCAAUCGGUCGGUUUAACCGGGGCCGUUUUGCACACAGAUCCGGGGUUUCUCACUAUAUUGCAAGAUGAUGAGAUGGUGAAUGGCCUCGAGGCCAUCCACAAGAUCACAGGAGAGCUCGUUCCCCUCGAUCCGAUACCCGGAUCUCUCGUUGUUAAUGUCGGAGAUACCGCUAAGGCUUGGAGCAAUGGGAGGUUUUGCAAUGUGAAGCAUCGAGUGCAGUGCUACGAGGCAACUGUGCGGACUUCUGUUGCUCUUUUCGUGUUGGGGCCGAGAGAUGGGAAAGUGGAGGCGCCGCCGCACCUCAUGGAUUCCGACCACCCCCGCCGCUAUGUUCCGUUUGACUUCGAAGAGUACAGAAAGCUCAGAGCUUCAACCAAGUCACCUACCGGAGAAGCCCUUGAGCUUUUUUUGGCCUAAUGUUU